CCAGGGCCCCCCCCCAGCCAUGGACGAGCGGCUGCUGGGGCCGCCCCCUCCGGGCGGGGGCCGUGGGGCUCUGGGGCUGGUAGGUGGGGAGCCCGGGGGCCCUGGCGAGCCUCCCGGUGGCGGAGACCCCGGUGGGGGCAGUGGGGGGGUCCCGGGAGGCCGAGGGAAGCAAGACAUCGGGGACAUUCUGCAACAGAUAAUGACCAUCACCGACCAGAGCCUGGACGAGGCCCAGGCCAAGAAACACGCCCUAAACUGUCACCGAAUGAAACCUGCCCUGUUUAGUGUCCUGUGUGAAAUCAAGGAGAAAACUGGCCUUAGCAUCCGGAGCUCCCAAGAGGAGGAGCCGGUGGACCCGCAGCUGAUGCGCCUGGAUAACAUGCUUCUGGCGGAGGGUGUGGCCGGACCCGAGAAAGGGGGGGGCUCCGCCGCCGCUGCCGCCGCCGCUGCGGCCUCGGGAGGUGGCGUGUCCCCGGACAACUCCAUCGAGCACUCAGACUAUCGCAGCAAGCUUGCCCAGAUCCGCCACAUCUACCACUCAGAGCUGGAGAAGUACGAGCAGGCGUGCAAUGAGUUCACAACUCACGUCAUGAACCUGCUGAGGGAGCAGAGCCGCACGCGGCCCGUCGCCCCCAAGGAGAUGGAGCGCAUGGUGAGCAUCAUCCACCGGAAGUUCAGCGCCAUCCAGAUGCAGCUGAAGCAGAGCACGUGCGAGGCCGUCAUGAUCCUGCGCUCCCGAUUCCUGGAUGCCAGACGAAAACGCCGGAACUUCAGCAAACAGGCCACUGAGGUCCUGAACGAAUAUUUCUACUCCCACCUGAGUAACCCUUACCCUAGUGAGGAGGCCAAAGAGGAGCUUGCCAAAAAGUGUGGCAUCACCGUCUCUCAGGUUUCCAACUGGUUCGGUAACAAGCGAAUUCGCUACAAGAAGAAUAUUGGGAAGUUCCAAGAGGAGGCAAAUAUCUAUGCUGUGAAGACGGCCGUGUCAGUCGCCCAGGGGGGCCACAGCCGCACCAGCUCUCCGACGCCCCCUUCCUCUGCAGGCUCUGGCAGCUCUUUCAAUCUCUCAGGAUCCGGAGACAUGUUUCUGGGGAUGCCCGGACUCAAUGGAGAUUCCUACCCUGCUUCCCAGGUGGAAUCGCUCCGACACUCGAUGGGGCCAGGGAGCUACGGGGAUAACAUCGGGGGAGGCCAGAUAUACAGUCCUCGAGAAAUUCGGGCCAAUGGUGGCUGGCAGGAGGCUGUGACCCCGUCCUCGGUGACAUCCCCAACGGAGGGACCAGGAAGUGUUCACUCUGACACCUCCAACUGACCUUGCCCCUCAAGGUCACAGGUCUGGGGGCUCCACCAGGCAGCUCUUGAGGACUCUGGGCAUCUAGAGAACAGACCCCACAGAAGCACAAGACAGAGGGCGAUGGGGGUUGUGCCCUCCCCAACCAGACACUCGGUGCUGGGGUGCUGACGACAGGGCAGGGAGAGUGGGGUGUCCCCGAUUCUUUUCUUUCCCCCCUCUCACCAAAACCAGAUACUGUUUCUCAGAUCUCUCCCUUAAAUCUACAACCUAACACCAGUUGUGUGUGUCUUGGGCUCCCCUGCUUCUGUUCCCCACCCCACUUAACACUCUGGAAUCUGGAGAUGUCAGCCCUGCCCGACCGAGAGAUGCCAAAAAUGGGGACUCUUGGACAGAGGCCCUGGGCCAACACCCUCCCCCAUGCAUCCCCCACCUUCUGCCCCUCCAGACGGCUUUAUUACCUCAUAUGCAGCUCAUCUUAAACCAAUAGAACCGCUCGGUGGACAAGAGUGUCUGACUCAGAUAUCUACCUCGGAGGGAGUUUCUGCUACUUUAGAAAAUUGUUGACUAGGCUUUGGAGUUGGACUUUUUUUAUUUUAUUUUAUUUUUUUUUUUAAGAAAAGAAACCCUGAAUCUUUUUUUUUUUAAAUCGUUUUUGUUGGUAGUGGUGAUCCUUGAUUUUUAAUAGUUUGGAGAAGUAGGGUUUUGGGUGUGUGUAGGUGUGGGUGUGUGUUUCAAAUAAACAUGCUGGUUUAUUUUUGUUUACCCACGUGAGAAGAGCAAGCCAAAGGGGCCUAGUAGGAGAAGAGACAGCACUGGUGACGGCCACUUGCUCCAGGCCUUCCACUGGGGAAGUGGAUUUUGCAGGACACUGUGUCCUCAGCCUGGACACUUAGGUGUUUCUUAGCUUGUGCGGGCAAAUCUCUGCUGUAUUUGAUGUGGAACCUGAUGCCCCUGAGCCUCCUGUCUCCGUCACACCUCCCCAAUAACCUUUGGGCAAGGCUGGAACUGAAUUCAAUUAUUUUGAAAAAAAGCCAAAAGGCUUUUGUUGUUUUGUUUUUUAAACUGUUUGCAGAGUGGGAAAAGAUUGAUCGGGGAGGGGAGUUCUUGCCAAAUAUGCUAAAUAUGGGCUGGGUGCUUCUAUACGCGCCUCCCCCAGCAUCCCAGAAAUGAGUGUUUCUGUUCUUAUUCUCAUGCCAAAAUCAAGGGAGUGGGGAGAGGAGGGAGGUCACAGAAAGCCAGGUAUGAGGGAAGAUUAAAAAAAAAACAACAAA